AUGGCACCUCAGUUCGGGAACAAUGGGCAGCUGUCGCGCGAUGAACGCGUGCAGCUGUACGGAAUCGACUGCGAGGACCAGGUGAUGUGGCAUGAGUGGACGCCUGGUGUGGAAAGCGUGCAAGAUCUGGUGCUGCAAAAUGUGGCGCUGGUGACCCAGAAGGUGAAGUUCAAGUUGCCACCGACGAAGGAGUUCGACAUGCCUUAUCCGGAGCCCUUCAAGCUUGCGCCUGGCAUGAAGAAAGUUAUUCCGAUCAGCUUCCGGCCCUCGAAGUAUGUGCCGCACGUGGAUCGGGUGCAGAUAGUGACCAAAGGAGGCAGCUUCUUCGUGACCGUCAAGGCCGUGGUCAAGGAUGUCGCUCUGUCUGUGCCACACUUUUUGGACUUUGGCCUCUGUCCCACCAUGGAGCGCUCGCAGCAGCAGAUUGAGGUGUACAACACCGGCACCCUCAAGGCGUCCAUGAAGUGGCACGCGAGGCCAGACGGUUGA